AUGGUGAAACGUAUCUUGGCCUUCGGUCUUGCUGCUACAUUGCCCCACAUCCAUGCAGUUUCAGCGCAACAAGACUACCAAUGGAGGCUGUAUCGCCCGCUGGAAUAUGCCACACCUGUUCCCAGCCCAACAACAACGACCACGUACGCGCCGCCGUACUCUGAGCUUUCUAGCCUGAUAAAACGCUCGACAACCACGUGGAACCCGCCUGAUGCUUCUCCGACUGAUCAUGGAGUUGAAUAUGGCAAUGCCGCUUGGUCGUCCAUGUGGGAGCCCAUUCCCGUCUCACCACCUCCGUUCACGACAACUGUCUCUCCCACGCCGGUCCCAAGCAGUGAACUCAUCAAGCCUCCGCCGCACCCACUGGGUCCGAACAGAACCGAGAUUCAGAACUUGACAUUCCCAGGCGACUUCCAAUGGGGCUUUGCAGGAGCUGCUCUUCAGAUCGAAGGCGCUAUCAAGAACGAAGGCCGCGGACCAUCAGCGUGGGAGAAUCGGUCGAGGGGCAACUUUUCUUCUUCGGGACCUGGCGCCGGCCCACCCGACAUCGCCACCAUGAACUACUAUCUCUACCAACAAGACAUUGCUAGACUCGCAGCUGUCGGUGUUCAGUCAUACAGCUUCAGCAUAUCCUGGUCUCGAAUCGUUCCGUUCGGUCUUGCGGGAUCUCCCAUCAACAAAGAAGGCAUCGACCACUACAACGAUCUCAUCGACACCGUCUUGAGCUACGGUAUGAAGCCCGUGGUUACUCUAAUGCACUUCGAUACGCCACUAGCUUUGCAGAGCAACACCUCUUUCUUCUCUUAUGACCAUCCGCAGUUCGUGGAGAGCUUCCUGUAUUAUGCUCAGACCGUGCUAGUUCACUACUCAGACCGCGUCGGUACGUGGUAUACCUUCAACGAGCCCACCAUCGAGGCCAAUAUUGCAAACUCGUGGACACCCAGCCGCUUCGUCCUUGAAGGUCAUGCCAAGGUGGUGCGAUGGUACCGAGAAUCCAUCAAAGGCGAGGCGCUGUGGAGUAUGAAGUUUGACCUCAGCAAUACCGGCUUUGCGUUACCGUUGGAUCCGACUAAUGCCUCGGACGUCGCUGCUGCCGUGAGGCGGAAUGAGUUUACCGUGGGAUACUUUGCUCGACCACUUUUUCUGGGCGAGAACCCGCCGAAGUCUAUGAUCGAUGCUGUUGGCGAUCGAGUUCCGUCUUAUACCGACGAAGAGCUUGAGCUUUUCAACGGAACUGCGGACUUCUUUGCUUUCGAUAUUUACACGGCGACAUACCACUCCGAGCCUCAAGGUGGUUUUGAAGCCUGUGCUGCCGACCCCAACCAUCCUCUAUACCCUCACUGCACCGUAACUUCGAACACGCGCGGAACAUGGGAAGGAAACUUCCAUGGUAAUGUUGACAGAAUUGCGGUUCCUGCUGAGCACGUCCGUGACAUUCUCGGCUUCUGGCAGGCCACAUAUCCGACAAAGGGCGGCAUCACUAUUGCCGAGUACGGCCUGCCCGCAUUCAAGGCAGCUGAUAUGUCCGUCAAACACAUGCAAAGCGACCUAGCGCAGUCCAACUUCUAUAUCCCGAUUCUGGCAGAGGUUCUGAAGGCGAUCAACAUCGAUGGAAUCCAUGUCAAAGAACUUUACGGCUGGUCCUAUCUCGACAACUGGGAGUGGGGACAGUACGAUGACAAGUACGGGGUUCAAGGAUACAAUCAGACGACUCAGGAACGUUUCUACAAGAGGGCCAUCUUUGACUAUGCCGGGUUCAUCCAGGAUCACAUGGAAUCUUGA